AUGUCAAAAAAGAAACAAAAGAAUUAUUUUGCUUAAUAAUUACAGCAACAGCAAUAGCAAAUUUAGUAUUUGUCUAGUCAACUUAAUCCAUAAGUUUACUUCUAAGAAGAAAAAAUUAAGAGCAUCUAUCUUUAGAAAGCCAACAAGAAGAAAAAGACAAAGUUUGAGCAGAAUAUUCAGCAGCAAAUGCCACUUAUUCAAAGGCAAGGCAUUACAACCAAGCUAUUUUCAUAGAAAACAGAUGACUCACUCUUGAUUCUAAACUAUCCUGGGAUCAUGCCCAAUGAGUACAGUAAAGAAUAGAUUUCAAUGGAUGAGUCAUCACUAUAAUAACUAAAGAUAAUUAAUUAUGAAGGUAGCCAAGAGAGCGAUACAAACUAUAACAGCAGGGAACCAAGAAACAGUUAUCCUUAUUAGAAGAAAAAGGAACAGGAAUUCAGCAGUAUAACAAGGUAUAAGGAAAUAUUAGCAGCCACAGCAGAGGAAUCAGACGAACCAUAAAUACCAACAUUUUUGGAUAACACGAAUUCAACUUAAAGACACAUUUAUAAUAUGAAGCAAAUAGAGAAUAUGAAACAUGUUUCUUCUCGAUUAAUGCAGUAAUCAAAUUUUAAUAAGGCAUAAUCAAACAUUACUUCAAAUGAUGUUAGAGUUGCUGAGUUAAGUUAGCCAUUUCACAAGAAUAAUAAUUCUUAGAACUAUAGUGACUCUAAGGCUUAACUAGAAUCGAGAACAGAGAGUCACUUUCUAAGCAACCUACAAAAUAUGAAAUAACUCUACAAAUAAGCAGGUCAUGAAUAUUCUGAUCAAGUGUAGGCGGAUUUCCUAAAGUCGAAUCAGAGGAAAACUCAACUCAAGAAUUUCGAAACAGAUAUCUAUAACAACAAUCAAUAGGAGAAGCCUCCAAGACCAAAUAUAACUAGCAAUGUCUAAAAAGGAAUCAAUAGUCAGACAUUUAAAUUAAAAGAUCAGACACCCAUUCUAGCAUAGUCAUCAAAGAAGCAAAAGGUCAUUAAGACUGAGGACAGUUUUUACUUCCCUAGUGGAAUAAGCAGCUCAGAGGCAAAUAGAUCAUUCAAGGAUGAGAAUAGUAAAUAAAUUGCUGCAGCUGAGAGGUAUAAUAAUAUAAAGCAGAAGAGAUUGCCAAGUAAUGAAGCAUCCUAGAAAUUACCAAGCAUUUAAAAUGUGAAUUAAAGCAAGAGCAGAGAAAAUGGAGGAGGCAUUGGUGACAAUCGAAUUUCAUUUAAUAACUUGAAAAAUUACAAAAAAGAGAUCAUGAAUAUAAUCAUUAAAGAAAACACGAAUAGCAUCAACCUAUAGCCAUCAACUAAAUAGAAUAAUGUUUUUAUCCCAGAGUAAAUAAUGGUAGAAAGCAAGCAUCCAAGUACUGCUGUAUCAAAUCUUAGACUAUCAAAGAAUUUUGAUGAUGGCAAUCAAUAUUAAAACUUACUCAAAAUUAAUGAAAACUCUCAUCAAAAUUUUCCUCUCAGAAAUAAUAAAAGUCAGCUAAAAAAACAAUUUGAAGAAUAAAAAGAGUUAUCAUAAAAAGCACUAAAACGAGAAACAACAAUUAGUUAAAAAUAUCCUCUGAACUCCUAAAAAAAGUUAGAAAUCGAUUAGAAAGGUGCAGAAUUUGUUUAGAAUCAUGAAAAAUAAAGCACUAAAUCUACAUCUAUCAGUAAUAAUCACAAUAUUAGUAGCACAAGUAACAAUAAUAACCAUCGCAAACUAGAAAAAUUAAAAAGUAAUCCUAAUUCAUAAAGUACUCAAGAUCUGCAAAAAAUAAAUGAAUAAACAUUAAAUGAUGGAGAUGAUAGUAGCAAAAACAAAAGCAAACACUACUCCACAAUUGAGGAUAAUCAAAAGUUUCCAGAUUAUAAUAACUUUACAAAUAACUAAAGAUAAUAAUCACAAGCUAUUCCCUAAAAUGAGAAAAAUACUCCUGUGAAAAAGAGAGAUACAUCUAAUAAUCCAAAAGAACUAUCAUCAAUAUAAAGUUAGCAAGUCCAAAAUUUCUAUUAGACAUCGUACAAGAAUGAUUUAAAGUAAAAGAGAGACAGGAAUUAAUAACUUGAUGUAUUUCUUAAGGUGUAGAAUUAAUAAAAAAAUAAAAUGGAUUUAAAUAGAAGAGAGAGAGAUAUGAUGAGAACAUUUUUAAAAAGGCAUGGUUACGAUGGAGACGAUAAAAUUAUUUUCCUUUUGAAUUCUAGAGAUAUGCAUAUCAAAAGAGCAGCAAUUAAAAGAGGUUGGUUCGAAAAUCCUAUUUAAAAUUCAUCAUUUUUCGAUGUUAAGUGGGACUUUAAUGAUAAUUAAGGAGAGUAUAAUAAUAUGAAACCUAAUCAAUUUUACAAUCAUUUUCCAGAUGGGAGAGAGCUAACCACUAAAUAAGGUCUAAAUAAAAAUAUCAAUAAUAUAACUUAACAUGGAAUAGAUAUAUUUUAGUUCUAUCCUCGCUGCUAUGAUUUUUCAGAUGUUAGACAGAUUGAUUUAUUUUAGGAAGAUUUCAAUAGAACAGCCAUUCUUAAUAUAGUAAAGAGACAUGCUAAGCAUUUUAAAAAUUUGUUCAAGCAAUAGCUGUUAACUAUUUAUUAAGAAGAUUGCAAAAUUAAUGACAAUUUUUACAAAAAUUAAGCUAAAAGAGAAUUAAAACGAAAAUACUACAAUAAAUUUCCAGAUGAUCAAGAAAAAUUAAAAUUAGGAACUGUUAACCUGAUACUCCUAUAAAAUGCUUUAUUUUAUGCAAAAAAUGUUAUCAAUGAUAUUACAGAGAAAUGUGAAGGUGAUGAAUUUAUAAAAAAAGAUUUUUAUGUAGAGAGAUAUGAAUUUUAAGAUAAAAUUAUGGAGUUAAUGUUAUUGUAUACAAAUUUAUCUAUGCCAAUAAAUGAAGUUCCCGAAAGUCAUUAGAUCUUAACUAAACUUACUAGUUGGGAUUAUCCCAGUUUUUAUUUGAUGUUUGUGACCUAUAAGCUACAUAAACUACUAAAAAUCAAUGAUUAUUAAUAUGGAGCAAUAGAUAGUUAUCAUAAUACAUGGAUAUGCAAGCCUAGCUAUAAUGCUAGAGGUAUAGGUAUAUUUUGUUUUAAUAGUAUAAAGGAUCUCUUCAAUGGCUCAUCCAAGAAAAGUCCAGCUCCAAAAAUUGUUUAAAAAUAUAUAGAGAAAUCUCUCUUACUUAAAAAUAUGAAUCCUUAACAUCCUACUGAUUAGAGAAAAUUUGAUUUGAGAUAAUGGGUCUUUGUUAGCAGUUUUGAUCCUUUGAAAAUAUAUAUUUAUAAGAAAGCCUAUCUGAGAAUAUGCGGAUCAUCUUAUGACCUUGAGGAUGUUUCUGAUCCUUUUAAGCACAUUAGCAAUUAUUCAAUUUAGAAGAAUAAAUAAGACACAGUCGUUACUGAUUUGGUAAUGAGCUGUGAGGAUUUUAUUGAAUAUCUUAACAAAGAAAAUAUUAAAAUAAAUGGAGAGCAAGCAUCAUGGGACCACUUCUUUAAGUAAAUAUCAGAUAUAGUUAAAAUAACCUUGAAUUCAGUAGCAGAAAAUAUUGAGAAUAGAAGUAACAGUUUUGAACUUUAUGGUUUUGAUUUUGUCAUUGAUAAGAAAUUAAAUUGCUGGCUUAUUGAGGCAAAUAUGUCUCCUGCAUGUGCCGAAAGAACUCCAUGGCUUACAGAAAUGCUGGAUGAUAUGGCAGAUGGGCUAAUCUCCAUUUUAGAAAAGAAAGUAGUACUUUGUGGAUAAUUUAAUGGACAAUUAGGUUUAUUAGCUGAGGAUUAUCAAAAUAAGAAAAUAAAAUCUCAGAUAAAUUAAUGGUCAAAGAUACCAAUGAAACCAUCUUCUCUUGAUAAAAAAAAGAAAUCAAAUAGUAGUCCCACAAAGCAAAAUAACUUGAAAGCGAACAUCAAUUAAGUAUAACAGACUACUGCUUUAAACUUUAAUACCAAUUAAAAAAAUUAUUUAUUUGAGAUAGCUGGUUAAAAAAUGUCCUUAAAGCUGGAAAGAAAAAUUGACAAGAUAUUUAAGCAAAAUUGUGCUGCGAAUUUUAUCUAAAAAUACUGGAGAGGAUAUAGUACUAGAAGAUAAAUUUUUCUUUAAAAAAUGAUGGUAAGCUUAAAAGAAUCAAGGCGUAAAAAAGCAACCAAGAUUUUUAAUGAAAUUUUGGAGUAAAUAUUUAAUCGAGUCUAGUCAACUUAAAUAAUUGCACAAGGAUUUUCGGAGUUAAAAAUAAAUUAUAUUUCGAAAAAAUUAGAAAAUAAUUCUAAUUCUAUGUCGAAAAUUAUAAAGCUAUAAAGGUACUUUAAAAGAAAGUAUUAAGAAAAUAGAAGAAUAUUAAGGAGGUAAAAAAUUGAUGAUACAAUAGGUUUGGAUUUUCUCUAAGUUCCAAACAUGUCAUAUCAAUAAAAAAGCAAAGGAAGUAAUAUUUAUUAAGAACUUGAAGAACUCGAUCAAAGAAGAAGGGAACUAGCCAGAUUUAGAGGUUCAAUGGCUCCAUCUAAAUAAUCUAGAAGUAAUUUUGAUUAAGAUUUGCUUUUGGAUUUCCAUUCAAUUGGCUUAUAAUUGAAUUAGGUGGAAUUUUAAACUAUUCAAAGGCGGAAUGAAUCAAAGACAUUCAAGAAAUUGUCAAUUAAAAAUUCUCCCAAAUAAUCUCCUUAUUUAACCAAUAUGAGAAUUAAUACCUAAAUUGCUUUUAAGAAAAAACCGAAAUAGAGCACAGUAAAAAAGCUAAAGGAUCCUAUCCAAUCUCUUAAUAUGACGCUAAUUAAAACGCAGAGAGAAAAUAAGCUUAACUUUGAUGAUGAAUUUGUUACUGAGGAGAUCUUGAUUUAAGAUGAAAAAUUGCCUUGA